UUCCUAAGGUUUACAGACAAGACCAUCAGAUCAGCAACUAUUCCAAAAAAUUUCAAACCAAAAUAAAGUUUGUGUCCACCAAAAAAACGCUCUUCCUUCUCAAUCAAACAAUAUAUAUUACAACAUAAAUGGGUCCUGUGACUCCACUUCCACCAAAAGACCCUUGUUCUAAUUUCUGUCUUCUUGCUUCUAAAAAUAGCUUCACUUCCUUCUCUCAUCCACCGCCAAUUUCUUCUCUCAACCUCUCUUUUUAACCCAAUCUUUUCCUUCUCCUUGCAUUUCUUUGCUAAUUCUUCUUACUAUUUGCAUUAUCAAAUUCUCUUCUAAACUCAAAUUAUAGCCAUGUCAAAACUAGUUGUUGAAGUUCUUGAUGCAAGUGAUCUUAUGCCCAAAGAUGGAAAUGGUUCUGCAAGUCCAUUUGUAGAAGUUGAUUUCGAUCACCAGCGUCAGCGAACACAAACCAAGUAUAAAGAUAUUAAUCCAUCAUGGAGUGAACAACUUGUGUUCAAUGUUGCAGACCCAAAAAAUCUUCCUAACACCACUGUUGAUGUUGUUGUAUAUAAUGAUCAGAAAGGAAACCACCACAAGAAUUUUCUCGGACGAGUUAGAAUAUCUGGGAUUUCUGUACCUUUAUCUGAAUCUGAAGCUGCAAUCCAACGUUACCCACUUGAGAAAAGAGGCAUAUUUUCGAAUAUCCGUGGUGAUAUAGCUCUCAAAGUUUAUGCCAUCUGCGAUCCUUCUUACUCUGCUGCGCCAAUGCAUUUUGAAGGUGUCGGCGUAGUAGAGCCUCAAAAAUUAGAAGAAAUCCACAACAAAAAGUUGGAGGAAGAAGUAAAGAAUGAUGCUGGGAAAAAGAAGAAAAAGAAAGAGAAGGAAAGGAGGACAUUUCAUUCAAUUGGAACUACUAAUUUUCACACAGCUCCACCUCCAUCCUUCUCUGGCUUUGGGUUCGAAUCUGGCAAACCUGUAACAACAGAAAGAAGAAGUGAUUUUGCACGUGUAGGGCAAUCAACAGCAAUGCAUAUGCAGUUUCCAGGACAGCCUGAAUUCGGGUUGGUCGAAACAAGCCCGCCAGUAGCAGCUCGAAUGGGGUACAGAGGGAGGUACAAAACUGCAACUACCUACGAUCUCGUCGAACAAAUGCAUUACCUAUAUGUGAAUGUAGUUAAAGCAAGAGAUCUCCCUUCUAUGGAUCUGACUGGUAGUUUAGACCCGUAUGUCGAAGUGAAGCUUGGAAAUUACAAAGGUGUCACCAAGUACCUUGAGAAGAACCAAAAUCCUGUCUGGGGGCGAAUCUUUGCUUUUUCAAGAGAAAGAUUACAGUCAAAUUUGGUUGAAGUAGUACUCAAAGAUAAGGAUUUUGGCAAAGAUGAUUUUGUUGGCCGAGUUGCUUUUGAUCUUUCAGAAGUACCUGUCAGGGUUCCUCCUGAUAGUCCACUGGCACCGGAGUGGUAUAAAUUGGAGGAUAAAAAUGGGGUGAAGGUUAAAGGAGAAGUGAUGCUUGCUGUUUGGAUGGGAACCCAAGCUGAUGAAUCAUUUCCUGAUGCUUGGCAUUCUGACGCUCAUUCAGUCAACGUCGAAAACCUUUCCAAUACUCGUUCGCAGGUUUACUUCUCACCCAAACUUUGUUAUCUCCGCAUUCAUAUCAUUGAAGCUCAGGAUCUUGUGCCUUCUGAUAGAGGCAGAAAUCCUAAUACCUUCGUAAGGAUACAGUUGGGAAAUCAGCUUAGGAUUACUCGGCCUUCCCCCAAUCAUUCUGUGAAUCCGAUAUGGAAUGAAGAACUCAUGUUUGUGGCAUCUGAACAAAUGGAUGAUCGGAUAAUUAUCACUGUUGAGGAUCGAACUGCACCUGACAAGCAUGAAAUCUUGGGAGUGUUGGCUUUACCUGUUUAUGCUGCUACACAGCGGCAUGACCACAGGUUGGUAGAUCCCAAGUGGUUCAACCUCGAAAAGCAUUCAUCUGCAAAAGAAGAUGAAGAGAAGAAAGAAGUAAGAUUCUCUAGCAAGAUUCAUCUCCGUCUUACUUUAGACUUAGGUUACCAUGUUCUUGAUGAGGCAACUCAUUACAGCAGCGAUCUACAACCAUCAGCCAAACACUUAAAAAAACCAAGCAUUGGUGUUUUGGAGAUAGGGAUAUUAAGUGCUAGAAAUCUGCUUCCGAUGAAGGCCAGUGAUGGUAGAGCCACCGAUGCUUAUUGUGUUGCCAAAUAUGCAAACAAAUGGAUUCGAACUCGAACCAUACUCGACACAUUAGCACCUCGUUGGAAUGAGCAGUACACUUGGGAAGUUUAUGAUCCUUGCACAGUUAUCACUAUUGGGGUAUUUGAUAAUUGUCAUCUUAACGGAAGCAAAGAGGAUCAAUCCAAAGAUAAAAGGAUUGGCAAGGUGAGAAUUCGGUUAUCCACGUUGGAGACUGAUCGUGUUUACAUCCAUUACUACCCCUUGUUGGUCCUUCAGCCUGGUCUCAAGAAAACAGGAGAAAUUCAGUUAGCUCUGCGUUUCACUUGCACGGCAUGGGUUAACAUGGUGAACCUUUAUUCAAAGCCUUUGCUGCCCAAGAUGCAUUACUCUCAACCCAUAUCUGUCCAUCACUUGGAUUGGCUUCGGCACCAAGCAAUGCAGAUAGUGGCUGCUCGACUUUCCCGCUCUGAGCCGCCACUCAGGAGAGAAGCUAUUGAGUACAUGCUUGAUGUGGAUUACCACAUGUGGAGCCUGAGACGAAGUAAAGCAAAUUUUAACCGAAUAAUGUCGCUCUUAUCUGGAGUUAUGGCCAUUGGUAGAUGGCUUAAUGAUAUCUGUAUGUGGAGGAACCCAGUGACUACUUGUCUGGUUCACAUCCUGUUUGUAAUUCUAGUGUGCUACCCAGAACUAAUCCUGCCCACUACCUUCCUCUACCUGUUUUUUAUCGGGAUAUGGAAUUACCGCUUCAGGCCAAGGCAACCUCCACAUAUGGAUGCAAAGUUAUCUCACGCAGAUAGGGCCCAUCCAGAUGAGCUUGAUGAAGAAUUUGAUACAUUCCCAACUUCACGACCACCAGAUCUUGUGAGGAUUAGGUAUGAUCGGCUGCGAAGUGUUGCAGGACGAAUACAGACAGUGGCAGGUGACCUGGCAACGCAAGGAGAGAGAUUGCAAGCAAUACUGAGCUGGCGUGAUCCAAGGGCCACUGCUAUCUUUAUAAUUUUCUCAUUGAUCUGGGCCAUCAUUUUGUAUGUUACACCAUUUCAAGUAGUGGCGAUAUUACUAGGUAUUUACAUGUUACGGCAUCCCAGGUUUAGAAGCAGGAUGCCUUCUGUACCUUUCAAUUUCUUCAAGAGGUUGCCUGCCAAGUCAGACAUGCUUCUUUGAAAAAAUAAAUAAAAGUAGAUGUUUUUGUUAAUGGAACAUAUUAUUAUUAUCCAUGAAUAAAUCAAAUACUGGUAAAUUCAGUUAACUUUCGGGAAGAAA